AUGAUGGCGGCGUCAAGUGACCACGUGAGCCCAGAAGAUCCCACGUUCACCGACGCCCUUUAUGGGUCUGAGAGGGAAAAGCAACUCCUGGAGAAGACAUGGAUGGUGAAGCCCUGCUUUGUGUAUGAGGAAGACUACAGGGAAUGCAAGCGAAUCAGGGGUCGAUUCCAGCAAUAUUAUGUGGAAGGAAAAAUGAAGGACUGUUCCAUGCUCUUUCACAUGCAAACCAACUGUAAGCGUUGGACCAAGGAAAGCAAUUUUGAUGCACUG